AUGUAUGAUGGGUACAGGCUACACCACCUGCACCUGUCCGCGUCCACGCUGGAACUCGGAACGCUGAAGCAAAGGAAGAAUUAUGCCAAAAAGAGUAUCGACAACAUAACUGACACUUCACAGUAUCAUGUCGAGCACUUGACUACUUUUGCGAUGGACCGCAAGGAAGCCGUACUAACCGUGGAGGAUGGCGUUCGGAAACUAAAGCUGCUGGAUGCAAAGGGCAAGGUGUGGACCCAAGACAUGCUGCUGCAGGUGGAUGAAAAAGCGGUCAGCCUCAGUGAUGUGGAAACUAAGAAUGAACUUGAGAACUUCCCCCUGGGUACCAUUCAGCGCAGCCAGGCACUGCUGAACGCCUGCAGCUACGACUCCAUCCUGGCUCUGGUGUGCAAAGAGCCAGGCCAGAGCAAGCCAGACCUUCACCUCUUCCAGUGUGACUACAUAAAGGCAAACCUGAUCCAUGCUGAUAUUGACAGUGCCAUUAGUGACUUCAAGGGUGGAAAGCUGAAGAAAAGGCCAGAAAUACUAAGGAUGAUCUUGAAGAGCGACAGCGCCAUCCCCCCACCUCCAACAGCCCCUGCCCCUGAUCUCCCUGCCACACAGAUGAAUGUGAAGAGCAGAGUUGCAGCCUGGUCGACUUGCACGGGCUAUGAGCAACAUGAUUAUGGCACACGCACUCUGCACCCUGAACGGAAUGAACCGCCAGAGGUGAUGGAUGCCAGAAUUGACUGCGAUGUGCAAACUCUCAACCAUGUUCUGGAUGAUAUUGAGUAUUUUGUUACUAAACUUCAGAAAGCAGCAGAGGCCUUCAAUGAGCUGUCAAAGAGAAAAAAAUCCAAGAAGCAUAAGAAGGGACCAGGUGAGGGAGUUCUGACAUUACGAGCAAAGCCACCCCAAACAGAUGAGUUCAUUGACUGCUUCCAGAAAUUUAAGUUUGCAUUCAACUUGUUGGGAAAGCUGAGCUCAUGCAUUCAAAAUCCAAGUGCUUUGGAUCUGAUCCACUUCCUGUUCACACCCCUGAAUGUGGUCAUUCAGGCCACAGGAGGGGUGGACCUGGCUAAGGGUGUCAUUAGUCCUCUUCUCACCCCUGAAGCUUUGGACUUCCUCUAUUCUGUCGUCACUCCCCAGGAAAGAGAGCUGUGGGGAUCACUGGGGGAUGGCUGGACCAAGAGCAGGGCUGAGUGGCCAAAGGACCAGCAGCCAACCCCCUAUUUACCACGCUUCAGAAAUGGCUGGCAGCCACCAGUGCUGGCCGUUAUGGGCCAUGCCCAGGAGCAGGAACUCAGCCAGCUGGCCAAGUCUCUUGCUAGUGCUGAGCUGCAGCAGCAAGGAGAUGUGGUGAGAAGGCUGAAGCAGGAGCAACCCAGUGUCCAGGACUUCUCCUCUGCUCAUAGAAACUAUGAAGCCCACAGCAGAAUCCAACAAAAAAACUAUGUCAAAUCGAGAUAUGACUUUGUGGCAAGAAACAACACAGAACUGUCUGUGCUGAAGGAUGAAAUUGUAGAGGUGCUGGACGGCAGGAAGCAGUGGUGGAAGGUUCAGAAUAGCAGUGGGGCCUCUGGAUAUGUGCCAAACCACAUCCUGGAGGUCUCCAAUGCCAUGGACACUUGCAGUGGGCAAGGCGAUGCUCUUUACACCCAUACCUUCCAGAAACAGAAGUCGGAGUUACUUCCCAAACCUACGGCAAACUCCGCUCCCGCCGCACCGAAUGCCCUUCCGGCCGAGUCGUCUGCGGCGCGACCGUCCGCGCCACCCGCGUGCCCUGCGGAGAGUCCGACUCCGGCGCAACGGGCAAGAUCGCGUGCCGGCGUCAGCCAGCAGAAGAGCGGCACCUCCGCUGACAUGAAGGAGCAAAACCAGCAAGGCCGUCCGGCGUCCGUCAACCGCAGGAAGUCCGACACGGAGGACGUACAGGAUGAGCUCGCGCAUCGACUUGCACCGGGCCGCAGCGCGCAGAAGAAGAUGGGGAUCCCGGCGCGUAGCGGCAACUUCUCUGCGCUAAACAUCACGUACGACUCUAGCCCCGAGGAGGUCAAGGCGUGGUUGCAGGUCAAGGGCUUCAGCCAAGUUACCGUCAGCAGUCUGGGCGUCCUUACCGGUGCCCAGCUCUUCUCGCUCAACAAGGAGGAGCUCAAGACCGUGUGUCCGGAUGAUGGCGCGCGGGUGUACAGCCAAGUCGCUGUCCAAAAAGCUGCACUUGAGAGCGCAUCAGGCUCCGAGCUGCAGGACGUCAUGCGGAGGCGGCAGGAGAAGCUAAAUGCGGCAGCCUGCGACUCUGGAGUAGAGUCUUUCGACGAGGGCGGCGGUGCACCCAGCUGCUCUCACGAGCAGCUUUGCUCCUUAGACGCCUCCCCCGCCUUUUCUCCACACCAGAUUAUGAGGGACACUACCGUACUUAGAAAGAAAUAGGAAAGCACUUUAUUCAAGCUGAAUGCAAUAAGGUCGCAGUGAAACUGACGACAUAAAGGAGGUUGUGUAUUUGCACAGGUUGGGAGGUGUGGAGAGGAGAAAAUGCGGCACAGCACCGUCCCAUCAUUAGCAUCGCUAACCGUCAUGCUUCUCUACGGAAAGCGGUGAUUUCAGUUGCUUUGGUUACAAGAUGCGACAUGAAAGAAUAGAUUCUAAAUAUGAACCAAAUGUUCUCUUUUAGUAGCCAUUGUUGAAACAGGCUUCAUUUGGAUGAAGAAAUUAAAAGAUAAGGCACUGUGUCACAUUCAAAGGGAUGUAUUUGCAAAACCAAUAUUUAUUACAUGCGAAUUUAGUUAUAAUGCCAAAACUACCCCACAUACAAUAUGUAUAAUAAUAAUA